UACCCGCUGGCACGCUCCGAGCAGCCGCCCGCGCCGCACGGUCGAAGGCCGAAAAUACCUCAACAACAUACAGGCUCCAGUGUACACUCCGUACAUUCAGUGCAGUCAGGACAGUCGGUGCAGUCAGUUCAGUCCGUUCAGUCCUUGCCGGCCGGAGCGCGCAGUGCAUCGCCUCGAGACCGGAAACCGGGCCUCGCGAGACAAAUCCUUCACAAUCUCAACAUUUUUAGUAACAAUAACAAGGUGUAUGAGGAGGAGACAAAGGAGAGAAUCAGAGAACGAGCGCGACAGAGGGAGAAUGAGAGCGAGGAGGCGCGACACACGGACACCGAGUGUGGGUCGACGCGGCGCCACAGCGUGGACACCGUGUCCACGUACCUGAGCCACGAGAGCAAGGAGAGUCUGCCGCAUGCAGUUGAGCUGUUGAACUGCAGCGAGGGCAGCGACGAUGUGUUCGAACAGGGUUACACCAGACAUGUGAGCCCCGCACGGACCAGCGGCCACUCCUCGUACGACCAGCAACACAUCAAUAAUAACAUUGGGGAAAUUGGUGUACCCCAGGACAUGAUACACUUCAGCCAGGGUGCAGAGGAAUGGAACGGGGCGGUGACAGCAGCAGCGCCGCGCUGCGGUCAUCCGCUGUACCUUACGUGCUCGCAGGAUGGUUCGUUUGUGGAGUGUUUGAUCUGUGGUGAGCAGUACCAGCACGCGGAGGGGGGGCCGGCUCCACGGGUGGAGGGGGGCGAGCAGCCCAGCGGGUCCAUGUCGUGGCGGCAGCAGGCGGAGCCUCUGCCAGGGUAUCCACCGCACACCGGCUCCAUACUGGUGACAUACAACUUCCAGUCCGGGCGCCAGGGCCCCUCUCACCCUCAGCCGGGGGCGCCGUACUACGCCGUGGGGUUCCCGCGUCACUCCGCGCUGCCAGACACGCCGCUCGGUCGCCAGGUGCUGCGCGCGCUGCAGCUGGCGUGGGAGCGGCGCGUGCUGUUCACGGUGAGAGCGUCGCGCACGACGGGCCGCGAGCACGUGGUCGCGUGGAGCGUGCCGCCGCCCGCGCGGGACCUGGUCGCCGCGCUGCGGGCCCUGCGCCGCCUGCUGGCCGGCCGGGGGGCGUGACGACAGACUGACUCCUCUGUUCACGGCCGCUGCGCUCACGCCAAAAUCGCGCCGAUCUGAGGCACACCGCGGCUCGGAGGCACUUUCCAAUUUCGGAAGGAAGGAGAAUGACAUAACCAUAAUUUAAAUCGCAGUAAAAAGACGCGAAAUUUAGUAGAAUGCACGAACCAAGUUCGCGGUUCGCUUCGUAGUCUUGUAGUUGUGAACGUAUAGAUUCGCAUUAUAGACGCUCCCUCAUCGCGUUCCGCUUCCCGCUUACUUGACGCGCAGGUGUGGCCGUAGCUUAAAAAUUUUACACUUUGUAGAUCACUUCUAUUUCUAUUGUAAGAAAUAUUACAUCAUAAAUAUACAAAUGUUGACAGAUCUUAGACUGAUAUCUUUAUCUUGUAACUAAUGUAAUUUUUUUAUUAUUUUUUCAUAUGGGGUAAUAUACCCUACUGUGAUGCUGCACAGAGUUUUCGGUUCAAUCAACUAUCGUAAGCAUAUUAAAUUAUUGUAACGGUCGGGAUGUGACCACCAGGUGAAGGUGUAGCCAAUUUCAUCACUUUUUUUCAUAAAAAUAACUAAAAAUAUUUAGGUGUUCAGUAAUAAAAAACACUGCGCAGCUGUCUUAGGCCAGGGUCCAUAAUUUUUGAUACCAAAAAAAAAGUCGGAUUAAACCCAUUGGAAAAUGAAGAGAAUAUAACAGAAAUAUCAGGAAAAAUAAAUUACGGGCGAUCUGAGAACUUUCUGAGAAUAUUUACCGUAGUAAUGUAUAUUGUUUUGGAAAAGCUGAUAUUUUAUUAGGGUUUAGGAAGAUUAGGGUUCUUUUUCGAUAUUAAGUCAAAAUAAGGUGAUAAAAUCGAUAUAUCAAAAAAUUACAGUAUAUCUAGGAUAUAAAAAGGUACCUUUUUACCAAAUUUCGUGGAAAUAUUUUUUGUAUAAAAGAUAAAAAAAAAUCAAAAACUUGGUUAUUUGAAUUUUGCACAUAAAUUUUGAGGUUAUGUGAAAACAGUGCAAAAACAAAAGUUGUAGAUCUUUUUAUUACCUACAAGUUUGCUAUUUAACUUUUUUCCAUAGGACUUGCAGUUUCGGCGGAAAUCGAGAUAAGCCGUUUUUCACCCUUAAAGGCAGCGCCCCCUUCCACGGCCCGAUCGCAGAUCGCCCAUCAAUUAUUUUUCUUUCAUUUUUGUUAUAUUCUUUUCCUUUUCCAAUUCACCCUACUAUUUUUUUGAUAUAUGUAAUAUUUGAAACAAUAAUGCCAUAAAUAAGACAAAAUACAACAAUUUAAAAAAGCAGACCUCUAAGUACACUUAAUAAUUAGAAAAAAUUGAAAAAUAGGCAGAUUGUUUUUAAAUGUAGCGCCUUAACCACCGCAUGCAACAUAGUGAAUACUACAAUAUGCAAUUUCAAUAUUUAGUUGAUAGUUGAGUGUGGAAAAGCUUUCCGCAAUGUGCCUUAUUAGUAAUAAUUAUUGAGAGAAAAUAUGGUAUUAUUUAAUAGAAUAUUAAUUUAUAAGUGACACAGUUUUUAUUUUGUUUAAACUAAAAGCUCUGUUCAAACUCAGGCUAAUAUCGCGCGGGACGCGGGACAGAAGUCGCUCGCGCCGAUUUUGUCAGUUAACUUGUAUAGACGUGUUCAGAUUGACGCGAGUAGUCGCUCAAGUUGAAGCGAAACAAAAGCGGGACGCCCGACGGGAUUGUUUAAUCUCACAAUGCGUAUUGUUUCUCCACUGUAGAACCAAAAAUGACAUGUCGCGUCAGUUUGAGAGGCUAAGCGAGCGAGCGAAUUGCUCUAAAACGCGCUCCGCGUCGUGCUCGUUAUUAGCCCCAGUUUGAACAGAGCUUAAUUCUGAAGAUCAGUUAGUUAAAACGUUUUUUUGCUCUCGAUUAAAUCUCGAUUAUAAAUGUAUAAAUGGAGUAAUUUGUUUUACAAUGAUAAGGUCCUCCUAAUACUAUAAUAUAGUCUUCCAGUUGACUUCCAUUAGAUGAUUAUGGCUAACGAUUAUCGAAUAUUUUACAUUUAUAUAAUAUAUUUUAUAGUUUAUUCAAAUGUUUUUAAUAGUUUAAGAUUAAAUAAAUGUAUUUCUUCAAA